GUCAGAAAUUUACAGAAAUCAACCUCUGGGGCUUCGAACAGGAUCUGAAGAGAACAACGACUGAUCAUAGCUGCAGUGCUAUUAUACCAAGUAAAUCUUGUGAAAUGGGUCGAGCAUCCCUAAGACUCCACCCCGGAUGAUGAACUUCAGGAAACUGUACAUAGACAAGAAAAAAACACACAUUCACACAACAGAAGCAGUGAGGCAGUGUGCGCAGGACAACAUCAACACCUAAGACAGGCUGUGCAACAAUGUUUGGGUUGGCUGCAUUGUGUCUCCUGCUCCUGCAGACUGGAGCUCACGGGUUUGGUAUAUUUGGAAGCUCUUUGACUCAUCAGAAGAUCACUGAGAGAGCCCUCUUAAAUGCCACUGUUCAGGUCUGCCGUUCUCUGGCUCGGGCUCAAGGCAAAGACUUCAUUUUUCCUCCGCAGCCUUUUACUGCAGAGUCUACUGCAGCUGCUUGUGAAGCAUCGAAAUCAACCAAGAGUUUUCUCCAGACCAUCUGCUUGAUCAAAAAAAAGAACUGGCAGGUAGACAUUCGUUACAUCUUCAGCUCACGCCACCACUUUGACAACGAGGAGUUUGAAAAGGGAAGGAAGAUCAUCACGGACGGAUUAUCAGCUGUGAAAGCCAGCAACAAACGAGAGAACUUUGAGGCAGCAACGACAAAACUUGGACAAAUAUUACAUUCGCUACAGGAUUUCUACAGUCACAGUAACUGGGUGGAAAUGGGAAACAAACGUCCAAACUCCAAUCUGAUCAGAGAAGGCAGCAGCAUUGGAAACAUAGCAGCCGAAGGCAGAGCAACCUGUCGCAGCUGUGAUGGAGACAACUGCAGGAACAACAUCCUGGAGGAUGUCUUAGAGCAGAAGAUACUCACCUCAGGAUAUUUUGGUUUCCUCCCUUUCAAACCCAGAGGAAAAUGCAGCCAUGGUGGUGCAGUUGAUAUCACAAGUUACAUUACGCCCAGAGGUGGGAUUAACAAAGACACGUCCGACGCCAGCCAUGGAUAUCUCCACGUUGAAGCAGCAAACCUGGCAAUAGCUGCAACUACAGAGCUGCUUGAGGACAUUCGAGGGGCUGCUGGUGACGGACCCUUCCUACAGAUGAUGGGAAUCUCCAAAGGAAAACCUCUUUGUUUUGUGGUUGACACAACAGGAAGCAUGGGUGAUGACAUUGAUGCAGUGAGGACCGUUACUUCUUCUAUAAUCAACAGUAAAGUGGGAACAGAAGAUGAGCCCUCAAUUUACAUUCUGGUACCGUUCAAUGAUCCUGAUUUUGGACCACCAAUGAAGACAUCAGAUCCAAACAUCUUCAAGGAUUAUAUUAAGUCACUGACAGCGGACGGUGGUGGAGAUGCACCAGAAAUGAGUCUUUCAGGCCUUCAGUUGGCCUUAACUUCCGCUCCUUCUAAUUCUGAGAUCUUUGUCUUCACGGACGCACCUGCUAAAGAUGCAUAUCUGAAAAGUUCAGUCAUUGCACUCAUAGAGAGGACCAAGUCAGUGGUGAACUUCAUGAUUACUAAUGUUUUUGGGUUUCGUCGGCGAAGGCAGCUUGAGGACAGUCAGCAACAACAGUACAGUCGGAUGGCGGCUUCAGAUACCCAGCUCUACAGAGACCUGGCUCAGGCUUCAGGUGGCCAGGCUAUUGAGGUCACAAAAAGUCAGCUACUGGAUGCCACUAGCAUCAUAGUAGAGUCCACGAGCUCCUCCCUGGUGACCCUCCUGCAAGCAGCCAGGAGCUCAGGAAAAGAAGAAAGUUUCACUUUCUCAGUGGACGAGUCGGUAAAAAACCUCACAGUCUACAUCACUGGGAGCUCUGUCAGCUUCACCCUCAUCAGCCCCUCAGGUGUGUCUCAAGAAAGCAGUAACAUGACAGGACCCCUAAUCAUUGCAUCCCAGUCAGUGGGAAACUUCCAGACUCUGCAGCUACAGUCUCAAGUGGGACUGUGGGAAAUGAGAACCACGUCAACCAAUCCCUACACUCUGAAGGUUGUAGGUGAGAGUCCAAUCGAUUUCUUGUUUGACUUUUUGGAGGUGUCGCAGGGCCCCUUCGGAGGGUUAGAUGUUGUAGACAAUCGUCCCACAGCUGGUGUCAAUGGGAGCCUGUUGGUGAUAUUAAUUGGGAGUGACUCAGCCACUGUUACAGAGGUCACUCUGGUUGAAUCAUCGGGCUCAGGGCAGGUUAAUGGCACCGUAGAGGCUCAGGGUGGAGGAGAAUUCUUAGUUCGGUUUGACAGGAUACCGUCAGUUGAGUUUGUGGUGCUGGUGAAGGGGCAGAACAACAAUACCUCCAAAGCAUCUCCAGUCCUCUUUCAGAGACAAUCAACCACCAGCAUAAGAGCUUCUGCUGUCACUAUUACUGCUGAAGAUUCAGAAAGUGUGCUGGUACCAGGAACACCACUUUCAGUUCCCUUCUCUGUGACAACUAGUGGUUCUGGAGGAAACUUCACUAUUCAAGUUACCAAUGACCAAGGUUUUAAUUCAACUUCCCCUUCGAGUUUAGCCGUGGAGGAUGGAAGCAGUGCUAACGGUACAGUGACCAUCACAGCACCUCCUAACACUCUGUCUGGUACCGACGUCACCCUGACCAUUGAGGCCGAGGCUCCUGGAGGAACAGACACCAACUAUGUUGUGAUGCGUUUGACUGUUCUCUCACCGGUGACGGAUUUCACUCAGCCAGCAUGUCAGCUGCUCAGCCUGCAGUCCAACUGCUCUGAAGACUGUAGCUCAGCUGCAUGGGAGGUCUCUGUGCAGGUGGACGAUGGGGCUGAAGGGACAGGUGUCAGCCGAGUAGACCUCAGACAAGGCAACGGGACCAUGAACACCAGCCUGGCAGCCGACAACGAAAACAUAACGCUCGUGUCUUACCGUUCCUCUUGCUGUUCUCCUGACGUGGAGCUGCUGGUUGUGGAUGGGGUGGGUAACAUAGGCUCCUGUUUCUACACGGUCCGCUCACAGGCUGUGACCACUAGUAGCCCUCAGGAUCCAGCAACAGCAGGAGUUGUAUCUUUGUCUACCAGAGCUGUUCAGUCUUUUCUUCUUUGCAUUAGCAUCACAAUCCUAGGGUUCCUCUGGAUACACUGAGUGUUUGCAAGUUGAAGUCUGUGUGCACAGUUAUAUUUAAACAUUUAAGAUUCAUCUCAUCCCAAAAUUCUCAUUGCAAACAGCAGCAGAGACAUUCAGCAUCACAGACAAUGCACACAGUGCACAUAUAGGUGGACUAAGGAAUAAAAAUGUAAGAAUAUAUUUUUCUUUGCUGUUAGAAAAAAUCAAAUACACACAGUAUCCAAAGUCUGUGUCCCCCAAGUCUAUGAAUGAAUGAAGACUUUCAUUCACAUGUAACUUACAGCCCUGAAAUAAAUGAUGAAAGAAAAUAGUUUGUAAAGCCACUCUCAAAAUGCGCAAGGUCUUUAAAUAAUAAACCAAGAAGAGGGUCGCCAAGAAUUAACCAGGACUAUGGAAAAUGAUUUGCAAAGAAAGGCCAGAAUGUAAUUUAUUAUUGUUAUUUUUUAAUCUCACUCUGCACUCUUCAGGUGUUAAACUAUGUGAUUAAUUUUGUUGUGAUCUUAAAAUCUGUGUAAACUAUAUGUGAUAUGAUUGUACAUGAAAAUGGUGUAAAAUUGUAUUAAAUAGCUUAAUUGGGUUUACAUGUGUAACUAUGAGGACGCUGACUAUGUCAACAUGUAAUUUAAACUGUUAGACCUCAGUUCAUCAUACAGCCCGUCAUAAAUUCAGUGCUAAUAGACCGCGGAAUAGUUAAUUACAUAAUUUCAUUUUAUUUGAUGUAACAUGCUUAAUGCAUCCAAGGCUUGCUUAUUACAUGAAUGAUUCUGAGAAUAGUUUUUGGAAAUUAAUACUGAACAUCAAAAGUAAUGAUAUUAAAAUAAAAAAUUAAAACAA